UUAGUUGGUAUAUCGUUAUUUCAGUAGGCCUUUAAGGCAGAAGUAAAUCUCAGUGAAACAAAAAAAUAUCGAUCAAAUAUUCAUUCGUUCAUAAGUGUUUUUAACGUUCUGAAAAUAUCUUGACGAACAAACCCAAUUAUUACUACUGAAACGAGAGUAGAAAGAAAAACAUCAAUGAAGAGUGGAAUCGAAUUAAAAAGUGCAAAUAAACAAUCAAAUUUGAUAAAGUAUCUCUUCGUUUCUUAAAGCCAAGUUUUUUGGGCCAAUCUUUCAACAAACAUCAGGGACUUUGAUACUGCAUCAAUAUCUUUUGUCCUGAUUAAAGUGAUAUAUAUUUACAUUUCGUAGAGAGAGAUAUUUACAUUUUCAUUUCACACCUGCAGAGUUUAUAUCCAGUUGUCUGUUCUUCGCGCAUGAGUGGCUCUGAUUCUCAGCUUAUCAAAUUGGAUCUUCGUUGUUUCUCCCUGUUCAAGAACACCGCUAGAUCAAAGACUUUGCCGCCAAUUUUAGCUUUAAAUAAUCAAUUUUAUUUUUCUUACCAGUCCACAAAUUAAAAAAAUCCUGAUACAAUUCUCUUUUGUAUCAAACGUCGCCCUUUGUAAAAAGUGAUUGUUUGCAGUUUUCUCUUUCUAAUGCCUUUUAAUUUUGUCGUAGCAACGCUUAUUAAGUAGAGCUCAUUUUAUUGUAGAAAUGUGUUACCACUUUUUCCUCUCGCGUUGAAGCGAUUUUUGCAUAUGAUGCGGGAACACCUGGUUUCACCUUCAACCGAAAAAAACAGCCUUUUGGUUGAAAUACAAAAAGUUGUAAAUGCUUUAAAAAUCAAUUUAGAAUUUCCUCCAUUUAUCCCUCCCGAGUCAUACCAAAACUCCUUUGUAAUCAGUUGUAAUUGUACUGGUAUAUAGUUUUCAGUAAAUUGUGUCCGUAAGCAAGCUACAUUACUUAUUAAUGAAUUAUUUUUCUUAUUUAAUCCAAUAUUCGUUAAGGUGGCUAUUGUUAAGCUGAUAUAUUCCCUUGUAAGUUGUUUAUUACAUCCGCAAGGCAAAUCUGCAGGGUGAUAUCAUAUGGCAAAUAUCCAGUCAGAAAGCUAAACUCAUAGUUUUCGAUGGUUUGGCAAUUUACCGAUCUGCUCUUUUUCAGUAAUACUUGACUUAAAAAGUGGCAUCAUUCGUUUUCCGUGACAAUAUUAACCUCUACCUUAAUGUUACCGUGGAGCCAAUGACUGUAAUGAAGAUUAUCAUUAUGGUGACGGCGGAAAUUGAUCUACUCACGUCACUGUCAAAUAUGUAAUCUCGCCCCCUUUCUUCAGCAAUUUCCGCCGAGGUCAGGGGUAGAAGUAAAUAUUCCGGCUUUCAAGGGCCAGCCAGCUAAACUUGGUGCUCUUACCGGUCAAACUACCUUCCCACAGAUCUUAUAACUGUCGGACAAAACUGAGAAUGACGAGCUGAUCUGCUUGGCGCUUAAAAGGGACAGUCCAAAGACGCCGCAAAAUUAACCUUUUUAGCGUACGCGAGAUAUUCCGGCCAUCGUGAGUGAAUUUCAAAUUUCGCAUGACUCUUCAUAUCUAUCGUAAAGCACUGAGUUUCGCUGACUUGGGAUUUAAAUCACGGAUCAAUGGAAAACUCCACAAAUGUUACGCAAAGAGCUCCUGCUGAUGCUCUUCAGAUCGAGCCAAGCUGGGUUUAUACUGGAGUUGGAAUAUAUUCUGCUCUCGUAAUCCUCAUUGUUGCGGGGAAUUUGUUGAUCAUCAUCGCCUUCCUUACCACCCCCAAGCUUAAAACGAAAACCAACUACUUCAUAUUCUCCCUAGCUGUGGCAGAUCUUUUGGUUGGGUUAUUUUCUGUUCCCCUAUGGAUAUAUUUCAUUGUCACGUUUGACUUCAAGAACGAUUUGUAUAAGUAUUACCAAUUGGGUGACAUUGUAUCGGGUGUGUCGUCUAUUCUGCACUUGACGUGUAUUAGUAUAGAGCGGUGUUAUGCUAUAGUCGCACCCUUAAAACACAGGAAGAUCAGUAAAGCUAAAAUUUUCGCCGGUAUCGUGCUUUCAUGGCUGCUUGCCAUUUUCAACGCCUUAUUGAGAAAGCUUUCCGGCUGGAAAGAUGUCGCCAUAUUCAACACGUUUACUUUCUUCUUCGUUCCGUCGCUGUUGAUAGUUGCUGCUUACAUAGCUAUCUUCUUUGUGGCCAAAAGGAGCUUGAAAGAACAUAGUAGACGUUCCCUAAAGAAGGACCUUCAUGUUGCCUAUACUGUUGCCUUAGUAACCGGCGUUUUUGCCAUCUGCUGGCUUCCAUUUUUUUCGGCGAUCUUGAUCUACAAAUGGUGCGCUGCUUGCACAUUCGUAUGGGACAUGCGCGUCCUGAUGGCAGUGAAAGUACUACACUUUGGUAACUCUGCUAUGAACCCCAUCAUCUACUCGGUCAGAAAUCGGAGGUUUAACAAAGCUUUCAAAGGGCUUUUGCUGCGUUUGGUCUGUCGUAGACUGGAUACAUCCUACGCCGGCAUGAACAACUCCACUCAGGCGACUCAGCGCACCCGCCUGACUAUGACAAUGAUGGAUAAAUCUGUGAAGCUUUCUCCCCAAAACAGGAGUCAUUCAGAUGACACGUGCACGACUAAACUUACCUAACCUCAGCCACUGGAAAGUAGCUUCUGGGAAACAACUGAGAGAGAAAAAACAUAGUUAUCUGUGGCGUUACAUGGUUCCUCAGACGAUUUCAGAAUUAGAGGAACACAAGUAAAACAUUCAGACAACACGAGGACAGAUUAUGUCUCACAUACUUGUUUAACGCUCCUUGGAGAAUCACUGCAUCCAGAAGUUCUAGUCGUGUUUGUCCUGAGGAGAAAGUUAUUCAAUAUGUACUGAAAAAUUGCUUCAUCUUCUGAAUAUCUUUCCUUGUUGUCUUGGCAAUGUUGAAAUGUAUUAUUGGCGUUUUAUGUGGUUAAAGAGGAACAUGACAUCUUUUCGUUUUUGGUUGUUCGGUAUGCCCCACCCAGUCUUCAAGGUUCUGUGUUGUGCUUAGUGGGCUCAGCUAAACCUCCCUUUAUCAAAAAGUAUGUUUUGUAAAACGCUUUUCAAGGAUGAUCUGAUGCAUAAUGUUCUAUUGGCGUCACGGCUUUUUUUUCUUGGUCUAGGUUUGUUUGGGCGCUGCCCUUUCUCUCGUAUAAAGAGAGGAUAACUGAAACAGGGUUCUACUUGAAAUUUGUACAUAGAACUAUUAAAGGGUGGAACAAGUUUUCAGUUAUGUAUAGUUAAAAAAAAUUGAAGUAACCACUACGAUUUUCUUAGGUGUUUUAAAGCAAGACUAACGCAUUCUGUCCUUCUCAAAUAUUCUUAUUGUGAUACGUCGUAUAAUGUGCGUAUACUGGUGCAACAAGUCUCGAAAAAUACUGGUUGUCGUUAGCUUAAUUUUGCCUUAUUUUAAGUUUCUAAAACAUUGAGCAAGAAAUCGGAAGAGGAGGGAAGAGUAACUAAUGAGAGUAUUUUGAAAACGUCUUAUUCUAAUGGGUGGGUUGGCGUUAGUAUCCGGAUGGGAGAAAUCUAAAUUAUGCCCCGAUUUUUGGAAGUUGACAUUUUGACUUGAGAACUUUAAAUAGUCGCCUUCUGAUCUGGUGAAGGACUAUUUUUUUUCGGCUAGAAGUAGGUGUCUGGUGUGAAAGGGGAUUCCAUGAUAAAUAUGGUUGAAUGUAUAAUGAUCUAAUUAUUUUACAAUUGUACUACUGACGUAGUGUGAGACCAUAUACGAAACGAUGUGUUGUCCAAAGCUAGGAACACUCACUAAACUGUCAAAUUAAUUCUGUUUUUGAACAAACAGAUAGAUAAGCUAUGCCCUAAAAACUAACUUACCUAAAAAAACCGAAAAUGUUAUAUGCAAUAGACAGUUCCUUCCCAAUCUUUCUCAUUUUUUUUCGACUUGGAAAGUACCACGAACUAAUGGACAUAAUAAUAAAUAUUCUCCCACGCCUC